GAGACGUCACGGACGCGACCUCGCCAGCAAUACGAAGCUUAAUUUCUGCAUCCACCUCCUUUGCCACCAGACCUGUUCUAGUCGUAAACUGUUUUUCCGGAAUGCCUCCAAAGCGAAAACAGGUUGACGAGACGCCAGCCGAGGGCAGUUCGACGCGAGCCACUCGGAGUUCUACACGCGCCUCGACUGCAAAAAAGGGAGGGGAGACGUCAAACUCGACAUCGCAGAAAUCCACGAAAAAGGCAGCUGCAAAGACCACGAAGAAGGCCACUACUCCGAAAAACGCCGCUGAUGAAGACCAACCCCCCGCGAAGAAGGCAAGAACCAGCAACCCUAGGGCUACGAAGCGAGGGAAGAAGUCAAAUGCAACGUACGGCAAUUUGUAUAGGCAACUUCGCGGGAGCUCAUCUUGUUUUUUUCUGUUUGUUUCUCGCUUUCCACGCUAUCGCCUCGCGUUGUCCUACUCGCCCCUCUCCCUUUCGCAUGCCACUAUAUCCACUUUGGCCUUUCCCGAAAAAGCGCCUCGGAUGAUGAGCCUCUCGUGCUGUGAGUUCUUACUGUCACAGUCUUUUCCUUUCACAUCUGCUCUAUCCUGUCUUGGUGUCGUGGUGGCGGUCGGCGUGGAUGCACAUCUAUGCGCUUUCUAUCCCUUCUUCCUUGCUGCUCUUCUAACGACAUCCACACCAUACAUAGCGACGACCCAGCCGGUCCCAGUAAGCCGGUAGCCAAGGCCGCCGAGGAAGCCAAGAAGCUGGCAGCUGAACCUUACGCCCCCGCGCGCUCCGUCGCGCUGUUCGAGACAUAUGCAGACCCAGAUACACCC